CGUCUUGAAACUGCAUUUCCCAGAAGGCUGUGCUCGUCGUGCGGUAAACCGAGCUACGGGGCCGAUGCAGUGAACCCCUCAUCCUGGGUUUUGUAAUUUCUUAGGGGAUUAGUGACAGUGGACGGAGACCUUUGGCGGCGGCACCCGUGGGCUGCUGUUCUGGCGGAGCUGCGCGCGGAGGCCGUAGAACCGGCCACACAGCUCUGCUUCCGGCCGGGGGACAAAAAGCGGAGGUGCAGCGUCUCCUUUAAUCGUCGUGGGCGGGGCGUGGCGACGCGACUCGCGUUGCUAUUGGCGGCGGUUGGGGGCGCGGAAACUGAACGGGCCGCAACGGCCGACGCUGCCUUCUCCGGCGCCUUGGGCGCCCCGGGCCCGCCAUGGCGGCACCUUGCCCUGAGGACCCCUCGCUGGAGAGGCAUUUUAAAGGCCACCGAGAUGCAGUUACCUGUGUGGACUUCAGUCUCAACACAAAGCAGCUGGCCAGUGGCUCCAUGGACUCAUGCCUCAUGGUAUGGCACAUGAAGCCCCAGUCACGUGCCUACCGCUUUGCGGGCCACAAGGACGCUGUCACCUGUGUGAACUUCUCCCCUUCGGGACACCUGCUGGCCUCAGGCUCCCGAGACAAGACUGUCCGGAUCUGGAUACCCAAUGUCAAAGGCGAGUCUACCGUGUUUCGUGCACACACAGCCACAGUGAGGAGCAUCCACUUCUGCAGUGACGGCCAGUCUUUUGUGACGGCCUCCGACGACAAAACAGUUAAGGUGUGGUCAACUCAUCGCCAGAAAUUCCUGUUCUCCCUGAGCCAGCACAUCAACUGGGUCCGCUGCGCCAGGUUCUCCCCAGACGGGCGGCUCAUCGUGUCUGCCAGCGAUGACAAGACUGUCAAACUAUGGGACAAGACGAGCCGGGAGUGUGUCCACUCUUACUGUGAGCAUGGCGGCUUUGUCACCUUCGUGGACUUCCACCCCAGCGGCACGUGCAUUGCCGCCGGCGGCAUGGACAACACGGUGAAGGUGUGGGACGUGCGGACACACCGGCUCUUGCAGCACUAUCAGCUGCACAGCGCGGCGGUGAAUGCCCUGUCCUUUCACCCGUCCGGAAACUACCUGCUCACGGCCUCUAGCGACUCGACCUUGAAGAUUCUGGACCUCAUGGAGGGCCGGCUGCUCUACACGCUCCACGGGCAUCAGGUGAGGGCAUCAGCCUGGUGCUGUGGUGUGGAGGGGGGCGGAG